AGAACGCCCGGGUUGGGACUCAGCUGGGCUGGGCUGUGGCUGUCCUGCCGCGCUGGGCUGUGCGCUCCGCGUUGCUCGCUUCGCUCGGGUCCCACGCGCGGCUGGGCCAUGAACAGGUGCGCCGAGGCGGCGGCGGUGGCGGCUACAGUGCCAGGGGCGGGCGUCGGGGACGCGGGGCUGCGGCCACCCAUGGUACCGCGCCAGGCGUCCUUCUUCCCGCCGCCUGUGCCCAACCCCUUCGUGCAGCAGACGCGGAUCGGUACGGCCAAGCGGGUGCAGAUUUUCCUUCUUGGAAUUAUCCUGCUCCCAAUUCGUGUGUUAUUGGUUGCACUGAUUUUAUUACUGGCAUGGCCAUUUGCUGCCCUUUCCACUGCAUGCUGCCCUGAAAAGCUGACCCACCCAAUAAGCGACUGGAGGAGGAAAAUUACUCAACCAGCUUUGAAGUUUCUGGGUCAAGCCAUGUUCUUUUCGAUGGGAUUUCUAGUUACCAUGAAAGGAAAGGUCGCAAGUCCUUUGGAAGCGCCAAUUUUUGUUGUUGCUCCUCAUUCAACAUUCUUUGAUGGAAUUGCCUGUGUGAUAGCUGGGUUACCUUCUCUGGUGUCCCGAAAUGAGAACGCCCAGGCGCCUCUGAUUGGCAGACUGUUACGGGCUGUGCAACCAGUGCUGGUGUCUCGUGUAGAUCCAGAUUCCCGAAAAAACACAAUAAAUGAAAUCAUAAGGCGAGCAACCUCAGGAGGGGAAUGGCCCCAGAUACUAGUUUUCCCAGAAGGUACUUGUACUAAUCGUUCCUGUUUGAUUACUUUUAAACCAGGAGCUUUCAUUCCAGGAGUACCAGUGCAGCCUAUCCUCCUCAGAUACCCCAACACACUGGACACUGUGACCUGGACAUGGCAAGGAUAUACAUUCCUCCAGCUCUGUGCACUUACUUUCUGCCAGCCCUUCACAAAGGUAGAAGUUGAGUUCAUGCCUGUGCAAGUGCCAAAUGAUGAAGAAAAACAUGACCCUGUCCUUUUCGCCAGUAGAGUCCGGAACUUAAUGGCAGAAGCUCUAGGAAUCCCAGUAACAGACCACACCUAUGAGGAUUGCAGACUGAUGAUUUCAGCAGGCCAGCUAACAUUGCCUAUGGAAGCUGGGUUGGUGGAAUUUACUAAAAUUAGCCGGAAAUUGAAAUUAGAUUGGGAUGGUAUUCGUAAGCAUUUGGAUGAAUAUGCAUCAAUUGCAAGUUCUUCAAAAGGAGGAAGAAUUGGAAUCGAAGAAUUUGCAGAGUACUUAAAGUUACCUGUUUCAGAUGUCUUGAGACAGCUCUUUGCACUCUUUGACAGGAACCAUGAUGGCAGCAUCGACUUCCGGGAGUAUGUGAUUGGCCUGGCAGUCCUGUGCAACCCUGCCAACACAGAGGACAUCAUCCAGGUGGCAUUUAAGCUCUUUGAUGUCGAUGAGGAUGGCUACAUAACAGAAGAAGAGUUUUCCACCAUUCUCCAGGCUUCUCUUGGAGUGCCUGACCUUGAUGUUUCUGGUCUCUUCAAGGAAAUUGCCCAAGGGGCUAUUUCCUAUGAGGAAUUCAAAAGUUUUGCCCUGAAGCAUCCAGAAUAUGCUAAGGUAUUUACAACGUACCUAGACCUGCAGACAUGCCAUGUAUUUUCAUUGCCAGAUGAAGUCCAGCCAACUCCUAUUGCAAGUAAUAAAGUUAGUCCAGAAAACCAUGAAGAGAGUCCCUCGGACAAAAAAGAUGACUGAAAGGAGGAUUUCUAGUGAAGAAAAUGCAGUGGCUGGCACUCGAGAUUAUGAAGGCAUUGCUGAUAAUAUUUUAAAUAUGUUUGUUCAAUAAGAAUGUCUACAAUGGAAAACUUUUAAUGAAAAUGAUAGAUUUUCUUACUAAAAAUGUUUUACUAACCUGCAUAGAUCAAGUAAUAGUCCUUUUCUUUUGUGUUAUAUUCUGCUUCACUCGUUGGUUUACUGAUAAUAUAUACUGUGCACUUUUAUUGACUUUCUUAAUUUGCAUAAGGAAAAGAAUACAUUGGUCUUACUAUUUAUUGGUCAGCAUUAAUCAACAUUUUUUAAAGAGUUUAAAAAAUGUAAACACUUUUCAAUCCACUUUUCUUAAAAAAACAGUAAUGUUAUUUUUUUCUCUGAGUCCUUUCCUUUCAGGAAAUAAGAAUGAAGAAUCUGAGAAACAUUGCAGAAUUUUAUACCUUCUCAGAUUCAUUUUUCCAUUUAAAUGUCUGUUUCUAGGAUCACUGUUGGGGAGGGCUCCAUUAAUUACAUGAGAUUUCUUAAGGACUUAUGUUCUCUUUAAUAUGCAUCUGUAUUGCAGAUUUCCUUAAACCACUGUCUAAGGAAAUCAUACCUUCUACCUGAUCGGCAGGGCUGGAACUUUGUGUUAAAGAUGACUGCCAUGGCCAAAGGCUAAGUGGGAAUUGCCUUAUUGAAGGGAACAUUGAUUGCCUAAUGAGAAAAUGAAUUGUUUGCCACAGAGCUGAAUUUAAUUUAAGUUGGAUGGGUCCAAAGGUAGCGCUUGCCCAAUAAAUAAAUCAGAUUUGUUCUAUUUAUAUGAUAGUAGAAUUAAUAUAUUUACCAUCCAGUAGGGAAUUUUAUUUUGUUAAGUGUCCUCUCAAAUUUUAGAGCUUGUCUGAAUUAUCUAUGUGAGAAUCACAAAAGGUUCCGACAUUCCACUGAAAGCCAGGGAAUCCAAAAACCUACUUAUUAAUGCAGGACCACGAUUUAUGCCCCAGGCAGGAAUCCAGCAGUAACAUUUUCCCUCUAGGUUAAGCAAUAAUUUCCCUGAAAUGCCAUUUUUAUUAGGCCUUAUGCAUGCAUAUUGUUAAUAUCAUUUAUGUCUUAAAUUUUGAACAAAGAGGCAAACUCUUUGUUUUGUCCUGUGUUUCAGAGUAUAUUAGUGAUUCACCCCCAAGCUAGGUUUUUCAAGUCACUUUUGAAACCUAGAAGUCUCAUGAGAGGGUUGGAGAUUGUAUUUAAUCAAGAGCCAUGAUUUUAAACUUGUUUUACAUAUUAAGCAGUUAGUUCUAAUUUAAUGGGUAAAUAUGUAUUUGGAUAAUUGAAUACCAGAAAAUCUUGUCCUUAAGUAUAUGUAAUUAUUUGCUUUUUAUGUCUUAAAGCAUUUAGAAAAAUGUAUUAGAUGAGCUAAAAUAAUUGCUUAAGUAACUGAUUAUCUUAAGUAAUGUUUAUAAUAAUGUCUAUCAUAUGCACUGAAGGUAUGUACUACUCAGGUACUGUGAUUUUUUUUAAUCAUGGAAAAACCACACAUUAAUCCUAUUAGUGUUGAAAGAGCAGUACUGUAAAUUAAAAGAUUUCUGUGAAGCUCUUAAAAAUGAUGCCAUUGUUUCCCUGUUUUAACCAUAUUUUAUGCUCUUACGUCUGAUGAAUGUAAUAUUCCUAUUUUGUAAUUGCAUUACUGAAUAAACAAAUUUACUCUAUGAAAUU